CGAAAUUUAUAAUUAAUCUGUGGUGAAAACUUCAAUAGUUAUUUUUUGUUUCCUGUACCUGAAUUCUGACAUUUUUCUUUAUCCAUCUGCGUCUUUUUUUGUCAUGCAGGUGGGUAGAACGAGUUCGCCGUCUAUAGCAAUGGACGAAGAUACAGGCGUGGGUCAUGUUCUUAGCGACUUUCUCUUGCAACUAGAAAAUUACAACCCUUCAAUACCGGAUUCCGUGGUGGCACACUAUUUAAACAUGUCUGGAUUCGAAUCACAGGAUCCUAGGUUAAUAAGGCUGAUAGCAUUAGCGUCACAGAAGUUCCUGUCCGAUAUUGCAAAUGAUGCUCUGCAACAUUGCAAGAUGCGUACAUCGAGCCAGAUCAACCAAGCCAAAAAUCAAAAAGGCCCCAAAGAGAAGAAAUAUGUCAUGACUAUGGAGGACCUGGUACCAGCGCUACAGGAGUAUGGAAUUACAGCAAGGAAGCCUCAUUAUUUCGUCUGAAAAGAAAAACAGGCAAAAGAAUUUUUGUUAUUCAGUUUUAAAGUUUUCCGUGACGAUAUAAGGGGGCUCCUAAAUAUGAGGAGGUAAUUUCAUGUAUAUAUGAUGGAUAAUAUGUAUACAUAUGUAUAAUAUAGGUAUGGUGAACUAUCUAAUGUUUUUUAAGAGAAAUGUCAUUGUAAGACUGUCAAUGGAAGCUUCUUGUCUAUGGUCUAUUUAUUUUUAAUAAAUUGUAGAUAAUUGACACAGACCUAGCAGUAAGCUGCCUAUAUAUUUUUAUUAUCAAUUUAAUCACGUUUGUUUUAGAAUAUUCUCAAAAAUGCUUUUCAUGAUUAUAAAAAAAAAAUAACCAAAUAUCAGUCUGUAGUAGUCAAGAAUGUUGUUUCAUAAAAAGACGUGAUAUAAUUAAAUGUCACAAAUGUAUGUAUGUUGCAUGUCAAUUUUAGCCCUUGUUACAUUUAAAAGGGGCUAUUUUAUAAACUUCAGCUAACUAAAAAUUUUAUAUUGGAAAAGUUUAGAAGGGUGAUAAAAAUUGUAAAUUAUGUGAUAUUUAUGUGGUAAUUGACAAUGGUGAUGGCUCAGUAAGACAAUGGGGUCGAUUCUGAGGCGUCAUUUGUCCUCUGUCUCUGUCUGUAUGUCUAUAAGGCCCAAUACAACCUUAUUAUCUAAUAGAUUUAAGUCAAAAUGAUGGAAAUAUUUGUUUAUAGUAUAUCCUACAGCCUAAAUGAUCGCGUACUACGCGGAUUCAGAAAUGUUUUCUCCCACGAACACUCAGGUUAUGGAAUGAGCUCCCUGCCGAUGUUUUCCCAAGAGACUACAGCAUUGGGUUCUUCAAAAGGGGGGUAAAGAGGUUUCUUCGGGGUCUGCAACGCGCGCGUAAUACCCCUGGUGUUGCAGGCGUUCAUAGGCUACGGUAACCGCUUACCAUUAGGUGGGCUGUAUGCUUGAUUGCCACUUCAGUGGUGUAAAAAAACUAGUAACCCAUAAAAUAGUAAUUUCGUAAAUUUAUCAACCCAUAACUCUAUAAUUUAUCGAGUUAUGGGAUAGAUUUAGAGAAAUGAUGUUUCGGAAUCGACUCCAACGUUUGACUGUGCUUUUGGAUUGGUAGGAUCGCCUGAAACCUAGAAUUUUAUAAUUUAUAUAUGGAUUUUAUAAAAAUAAAUGUCACGCGGGAGUGAUACGUUAGAGAGUGUAUUUGCCACGUUAAUUUAUGUUUUUUUUUAUUUAGUAAAAUGUGUAAUUGAUCAAUACCAUUUAAUUGUAUGUUAUUGUCACAGCACGAUACAAUAUUGUAUGAUUAUACCGCCACGAUAUAAUAGGAGAGCACCAUGUAAUUUUAUGUAUUGAUUUGUGUAUAUUUAUAUAAAUAUAUGAGUAUGUAUAUUUAUUUAUAUUAUAUACUAGCUGACCCCGUAAACGUUAUUCUACCACUUAUUGCGAAAUAUAAAAAUCGCAAUUAAAAUACAGGGGUUGAUCGUAAAACGGUGAAAAUUUAAAGUUGUAUGUAUUUUUCAAUGCUAAUUUAUAAUAAAAGAAAAAUAAAAAAAUUUGUCAAAAGAAAUAAAAAAAAAUUUUUGGGGUAGGUCACCCUUAUCAUUGAGAGGUAUAAAAAAUAGACGUUGGCCGAUUCUCAGACCUACACAAUAUGCACACAAAAUUUCAUAAAAAUCGGUAAAGCCGUUUCGGAGGAGUUUGGUGACACACUCACCGACACCGUGACACGAGAAUUUUGUAUAUAAGAUUUAUAAACUUAAUAGUAACCUAGUGGUAAGAGAACAAUUUUGAAAUUUAAACAUGGAAUACUUUUAAAAUUCAAUUAGAAAUAGAAUCUAAGAACGAAAAUAAGGUUUUGAAUUUAUCGGUGGGAUGUUUAUUUCUUUUAUUUUAUAAGAUUUUUAUAGAAACAAGUUUGUUUAAGUACAUUGUUAAACAUCUUGUAAGUACACAUAUUUUAAUAUCAUAACUACCGGUUUAACUUACGUGUAAUUUGAUCGAAAUAGCUAGAUUAGUUUGGGGACCAUUCGGGACCUUUAGUCUUGCGCAGUUCCGAAUGAUCCCGAAAUUAGUCGAACUUUGUCGACCAAAGUCCACAUAAGCUAAACCGGUAAUUGUUAAAAUUUUAAUAUAUUUUAAAAGGAAUAUGCAGGUAGCGAAACUUCGACAACCUUCGCGGAAAGUAACUGGCAUAUAUAAACGAAAAGAUUGAUCCAUUCGCUCCUACAUAAGCAUCAUGCGUUAUUAGCUAUUUAUACUUGGUCUAUGCUCAAAAUAUAUAAAUUUAAAAAUACCCCCAUACAUUUUGCUCUCCUAUUAUAGUGUUUAUGGUAAAAUCGUGCCUUGUUAUGGUGAAUUGGAGUUAGUUACACUAAAAAACAGCCAUCUUUUAUAAACAUGUCGGGUAAUAUGGCCGUUUCUUGCAUAAAUAUGGAUGAUAGCAUAUCUUUUAGUAUUCUAUUAAUGUUAUUUACAGACUAUAUUGAUCAUGCGUUCGCUCAGGAUGGUGUGGUCACAUUUUUAUGUUAUAAAAAAAAAGAAAGUAGCUCCAAUUAUAAGCGUGUUCAGUCCGUCGAGUCAUUUUCUAUGUGCACUAUGGGAUUUUUAUCAUACUUUAUGUUUCGGCUGGAUAUGUUUUAGUUUUUAAAUAUAUUUAAAAAUUUAGUGGGUUCCUUAUACUGUCAAAUAUAUAGUAAUUGAUCAAUUGUAUUGUUUAACUAUAAAAUGAUAAUAAAACCGCCCAUUCCUAUGUUAUAACUCAAGAAUAGGCAUUUCUAUCCUAUCACCACUGGAUAAGGUCACCAAAAGUGUAACUGCGGUUGCCAAUUGCGGUUUUGUUGUAACAGACACAUUUCCUUUCACUACUCUGCUCCUAUUGAUCGUAGCGUGAUGAAAAGUAUACUAUAACCUGCCCGGGAGUAUGAAGAAUAAUUGUACCAAGUUUCGUUAAAAUCCGUCGAGUAGUUUUUGUUUCUAUAACGAACAUGCAUUUUUGUCACCAGUAUCGAUGACUAAUCACCCCCUGAUAUUUAUUUUGGAAAUAUAUUUCAUGUACAGAAUUGACUUCUGUACAGAUUUAUUAUAAGUAUAGAAUAAGAUAUAUUUGACAGUCUAUUAAACCCCUUAAAUAGACAAUUUUUAAGAUCUGUGUUUUUAUAAAUAAAGCAAUAAAUACAGUUGCCUAUAA